CAGAAUUCAUCCAACGGCAUCUACAAAGUUCAAGGUCUAUUGUGAAAUGGAAACAGAUGAUGGUGGUUGGACAGUGAUCCAAAGUAGAUUUGAUGGCAGUACAGACUUUUACAAAGGAUGGACUGCUUAUGAAGACGGUUUUGGGAAUCUUGAACAUGAGUUUUGGCUUGGAAAUGCAAAAAUUCACAAUAUAGUCUCAACUGGUGAAUAUGAACUUCGAGUAGAUUUGGAGGAUUUUGAAGGAAAUAGUGCAUGGGCUAAAUACACUAAAUUUUUCAUCGGAGACGCAACAACAAACUAUAGAUUGGAAAUAAGUGGUUACAUGACGUCAAGUACUGCCGGAGAUAGCCUUAUAUACCAUAACGGAAUAAUGUUUUCUACGUACGACAGAGAUAAUGACAUUGCUUUUAAAAAUUGUGCAGUUGCGUAUGGAGGAGCAUGGUGGUACAAUAGGUGUCACCAUUCUAGUCUAAAUGGAGAAUACCUAUCGGGAAUAACGUCAUCUCACGCUGUUGGGCUCUCUUGGCUUGAUUGGAAAGGGCACUAUUAUUCCCUUAAAUCAACAAGACUAAUGAUAAAGAAACUGUGAUCACCUGACGUUAUCACAUGGUUACAAAAACAAAUCACAUUUUUGAAAGGGAUAAUAAUAGACUUAUUUCAAAACUGUGUU